AAAAUCACAAAUACAAAACAGCUUUUACGCCCACAUGAAAUUCAAUCAGUCUGUAUUUAUGGGAUAGAAAUUUCCAUACUGUCAAUACAGAGGCUUCAAACAACCCCACAAUCCCUCUGCCAUUUCUGGAGGAGCAAACUUCUCACUCUUACACGAUGCAUGUUUACAUUCUCCUGGUCUUGUGUGUGUGUGUGAGGGGGGUCACAUCUUUCCCUAAUGGGGAAGUGGAGGAAUCCUGUCAAAGCAUGACCCCCAAUCACUCUGAAUUUAAGUCCCAGACAAGCAGCUCUCCUUAUAAAGUCUCUGUGAACAGCACCACAUUCACAGCAGGACAAACCAUCACUGUAACCCUGCAGGCGGCAGAGAAUGCCUCCGAAUUCCAAGGCUUCAUGUUACAGGCUCGAGAGGUGGACGGAAAAACUGCAGUGGGACGCUUCACAUCAAUAAAUACCGUCCAAUCCCGUGCCCUGAACUGCUUUAAUAUAGAGAACUCAACUCUCAGCCAAGCAUCUGCAGACAAGAAAUCCCAUUUUGAGGCUACAUGGGAAGCACCGACAAACUCCUCCCUGGGUGAUAUUCAGUUUGUUGUGACAUUUGUCAGAGACUAUCCAGUUUUCUGGAACAUGGUGAACAGCUCUACAAUUCGGUCAACGUCUCCUAUCAACACUCCAUCUACAACAAGAUUCACUGUGAUUCUACUUGCACUAACAUUUACUUCGAUCAACCUUUGAUAAGUAUAAACAGUUCUAUAGAAAAACACUGAUGUUUUAUAUUAAACAUAAUAAAACUUGAUGGUAAACGUUUUUAGUGUUUAUAUAAUAUAACCAUGCAGUAAUUGUGGAGAACGCAAGUACUUUAAACAUGUAAUAAAAUAGCUGACAACAAAAA